AUGCGAAUACCACUACUUGCUGACCUCAAACAAAUCCAAGAUCUUGAUAAAGCUAUUUCACUGUUCCAUGAUUACCAACAAACCGGCUUCAAACAUGACUACCCUACUUAUUCUUGUCUUAUUUAUAAGCUCGCUAAGUCUCGAGACUUUAAAGGUGUUGAAAUCCUUCUUGGAUAUUUAAAAACAUAUUAUAUUCGAUGUCAAGAAAAGGUUUUUAUUGGAUUAAUUCAGCAUUACGGGAAAGCCCGGUUGGUUGAUAAAGCUAUUGAGCUUUUUCUUAACAUGGGGUCAUUUAAUUGUACGCUUAGUGUACAGUCUUUUAAUGCACUUUUAAAUGUGCUUGUUGAAAAUGGGUGUUUUGAUGAUGCAAAUGAAAUGUUAAGGAAUUGUUCGAAAAUGGGUAUUUGGUUUAAUGCUGUUUCGUUUAACAUUAUUUUUAAGAUGUGGCUGGAAAAGGGUGAUUGGGAAAUAGCGCGUAGAGUGUUUGAUGAAAUGCUUGAAAGAGAAGUUGAGCCGACUGUGGUGACUUACAAUUGUCAAAUUGGAUUUUUGUGUAAGAAGGGGGAUGUUGAAGGUGCUAAAAAUUUGUUUCAGGAUAUGUUUAGAAAGGGAAAGAAGCCAAAUGCAGUUUCUUAUGCNAAGGGGGAUGUUGAAGGUGCUAAAAGUUUGUCUCAGGAUAUGGUUAGAAAGGGAAAGAAGCCAAAUGCAGUUUCUUAUGCUUUGUUGAUGGAAGGUUUGAGUUCUUUGGGUAAGUAUAAAGAAGCCAAGAAGUUAAUGUUCGAUAUGGAAUACCAAGGAUGUAAGCUGAAAAUAGUCAAUUAUGGUGUUUUGAUGACUGAUCUUUUAAAACGAGGCGACAUUGGUGAGACAAAUAGUUUACUCGUGGAGAUGAAAAAGAGGCACAUUAAGCUCGACGUUGUGAUCUAUAAUAUGUUAAUCAAUUAUUUCUAUAAGGAAGGUAAAACUGCUGAAGCGUAUAGGAUGUUAGUUGAUAUGCAAAUUACAGGUUGCAAUCCUAAUGCAGCUACAUAUAGAAGGGUGGUUGAUGGUAUUUGUAAGACAGGAGAAUUUGAGGAAGGUUUGAAGGUUUUGAAUGCAAUGUUGAUUAGCGGGCAUUUUCCGCCUGUAAAAACAGUAAGGUGUAUGAUUCUUGGCCUGCUUGAUAAAAGGAAGAUUGAAGAUGCUUGCUUUGUUUUGGAGGAAAUGGAGAAAAGGAAGAAACUGUUUGACUUUGAGUCAUGGGAAGCCAUUGUCAAAGAUGCAUGCAGCAAUAGUAUUGUUGUAUAUAGGCUCGUUGAUGAGCUUGUAUUUUAA